CCAUUCCUCAAAUAUAUUCCGUUCCCUCUGUCCCUGAAGUGAGCCUUUAUUAGUGGGGAUCGUUUGGAUCUUAUCUCGCAUAUGACACUCGGUGUAGGAGGACAUACUGGAGGGAGAAGAGAAUAAGGGAUUAUCAGUGCACUGCCCUCCGAUCCGCUGCUUCCUGACACGGGAGAGCCUCGCUCUUAUCUCGCCCCUUUAUCUCCAUCUUCCACGGGCGGAUGGACGAGUAGCCCUGGCUGCACUUUCACCACUAUCUGCCCAUCUCCUCUAUUGUCUCUCCAUCUCUGGGAUCACACAGGAAGCUGACUGAUCCUCAUCAUCUUCAUCAUCAUCGUUAUCCUUCUGUCUUUCGUUUGUUUAUUUUUUUUAAUCCUCUGAUCACUAAACAUUUGAACACUUGAGAUUAGAUUUUCGGAAACAUUUCCCUGCGUGACGUUUGGCCCCGGGAGAUUCCCAUGUUGCACACUCCAAGCUGAGAAAAAGUAAAAGAAACACUUUUUUUAUUUUUUUUUUUAUUCCGUGAAUUUGAGGCGGAGGUGUUCACCCGUGAAGCAUCUGAUGGUUGUUUGGCCUGUGGAAUAUGAGUUAAUCUGGAGUUGAGGCUCCGCUCAAGAGCGUCUUCAAGUUGAUUUCAAGAGAAUAUUUGCCUUCAAACUCUUUUUUUAAGGUUUCCUGAGGAGGAGUGACAGCCAACAACAGAGAGUAAAAAUGAUGCUGAGCCCGGACCAGGCUGAAGCGGACCUCUCCUGGACUCAGUCCGACCCGGAGUCGAUGCUCAACGGCCUGAGGGCGGCGGGCUGCUCCUCGGACGAUCCGACGGAGGGCGAGGAGAGGGCCAAGUGCAAAACCGAUCCUCCGCUCACCAGAGAGGAGAAGAGGCGGAGGCGAAGGGCCACGGCCAAGUACCGCUCUGCCCACGCCACCAGAGAGAGGAUCCGCGUGGAGGCGUUCAACGUGGCCUUUGCGGAGCUGAGAAAACUGCUCCCCACUUUACCCCCAGACAAGAAACUCUCCAAGAUCGAGAUCCUCAGACUGGCUAUAUGCUACAUCUCCUAUCUGAAUCACGUGUUGGAUGUCUAAGAGUGACCUCCACCCACACUGACACCCACACUCACCGUGGUGCGAGAGAAGAAGGGGUUUGGACUCAAGCGCACGUUGGACCGUCGGUUGGGUAUGGCAAAGUGGACAGCUAAGGUGAAAAAGGAUGGAUGGGGGGGGGGAAAUGGAUCAGGAAUUGUAUUCCUGCACAUCUCUCAAAUGAGACAAGUUACUACAUUUGAAAUUACUGUGCGUUUCAAUCAUUGGAAUUUAGAAAAUAAUAUAUUUAAUUGUUCCUCAUAACCGACUCAUGGGUAUGGAAAAAUAUCACUUUGGGGUCAUUUUUGCAGCGUUAAAAUAACACUUAAAGAGUCAGUUUAAUACAAAUUCCGAUUAGGAACAUAACAACUCUGGAAUAAUUUUCAAUUACACUGUUACUUUAACACUAAAAGAAAUGCUGUUAAAUGUCACUAUCUUAGUGUAACUUCGAUAGUAACUAAGUGUAUAAGUGUUUAAUUUAACAUUAUUCCAAAUUGCAAUGAGUCCUAAUUGAAAUUUGUGACUCUUUUGGUUUGACUUUGACUGUGUGAUGUAUCACUCUGACACCUCAGCAGGAGACUUUUAUUUUUUACAACAAACUCAUACACACUGAAUCCACUUAGUCACAUAUUUGAAAUUAUUUCUCCUCUAUGAUAAACGCCAUGUGACGUGCCCCCCUUUCCCCCCCAUAUUGGUGAUGCUGGGGCUUUGCCAUACUCCGCUGCAGCUGUAAGCAGGGCUGGGUAUUGAUGAGAAAAAAUCAGGUUACACCGAUAUCUGGACUUCGAUAAUACUUUUUCGAUCCAAAUUUCAUUAAAUCUGUAAAACAAAAAUGUACAUUACAAGUUACAGCAAAAGUCUCCGCUCUAUAACAUUUUUACAGACUUAAAGUGCUUUUCAUAAACAACAUUUGAUAAUGAAUUUUUGGGAUAUUCGGUUGAUACCACAAAAGUAUUGAAGUUCGAUACCCAGUCCUAUCGCUGUGAGUCCAGUGUCAUGGUUAUUAUAGGAUGGCAGUGUGGCUACAAAGCCACUGUCACUCCCUGACCACUCACUGCACAAACGCAACAAUGCUUGAGCUGCUCCAUGCAAUAAUGAGAAAAUAAUAUUUUUAUUUAAUUUAUUUUCAAAUCCUUGCACAGACUGGAUGAUGCUCCCUUUAUGAGGAGGACGGUUUGAGUGCCACAAAUAUCCUGAAUCUGGUUUUUCACAGAAACUUUUCAUUUGAUUCCCACCCUCUUUAAAUGAUAUUAGUCCAUAUAAUGUCAUUCAUGUUUUAUAUGAAGCCUAAAAAAACAGAGUCCUCUCUUCACAUUGCUUCAAUUGGAGCUGUAAUUUGAAAAAACAAACACUGGGGCAUUUUUGACAGGAUGUAAAUGAGAUAUAGCUGCUUUAGAUCUAGUUUUUAGAUGAUGUUUUCCCGAAAAGGAAACAAAAAAAAAAAGAUUCAUUGCGUAAGUGCCACUUAUGACAUAUAAAAUUGUGACCUUAAUCAUUUUUUUUUUUUAAAGUGUAUGGAAUUAUUUAUUUAAUUGUGUUGCUAUUUAAGGCUAAUUUAUUUACGUUGUUUAUAUCAUAUAGGCCGGUGUCUUUUUCUUUUUUUGUUGUAUAAAUGUAUAUCGUUUGUUGCUUCUAUAUUUUAGGCUGUGAAAAACUGAACUUGGAAAGUGAUUGUGUUCUAUUCUUGAAAAAAAUGGCACUUUCUGUUGAUUCCAUAGCAAACCCUAUUGUUUUGAUGUACGUGUCACUAUCUUUGUUUGUUUGUUUUGAAUGUCACGUCUAUUGUCUUUCUAAAACGAAACGAUAAGCACUUCAAGACGGGGCUCGGUGCUCCAUAAAUGUUUAUCUAAUUUGUUAUGUUCAGUGGUCGCUUGGAGAACAACUGGGCUGCUAAAACAAACAUAAACACAACAAAUGAAUUUAACUCGAUUUAAAAAUGAGCUACAGUAAUGUUUCUGAUCCAGAGUUAAGCCUCUGAUUUAUUUUUUGCUGUGACCAAAAAAUAUUAAUAAUUUCGAAAAAAAAACAUCUUAAUUUAUUAUCUUCAAUAAUUUGAUGUUAUUAUUUAUCAUUAACUGGUUCAUUUAUUUAUUUCUGUCUUUGUUUGUGUUUUGAAUUCAACGA